AUGCAGAACCGCCGAAUCAUUGCCCUCGCUGUUUUAAACACUGUGCUCAGUAUUUUUGGAAGUGUAAUGAAUUCAUUGGUUGUGUUGGUCAUCUUGACGAACAAGAAUCUUCAAAAAGGAUUGAAUCUUUUGAUUUUGAGCCUUGCCACGGCGGGUCUUCUGACCUGUGCCAUAGCACAACCGAUGUAUGUGCACGCGAUACUCUACUGUACGGACGAAGCUUCGAUGUUUCAGCAAGCGUUAAUUGUGGUUGCAUUAAUAACACUGCACGCUUUAACUUUAAACCUGGUGGCUAUAACAAUUCACAGGUGGAAAGCUCUAUCGCGGCCAUUUACACAUCUCCUUCUUGUUUCAAAGAAACAUGCCUCAAUUGCAAUUGGAGGGGUUUGGAUACUGUCCAUAUUUAUGGGCGUUUUCUUUGCCACCAAACCGGGAAAGCUCGUUGCGGCUUAUGUUCACUUAGCGAUGACCCUCGCUUGGAUCGGAGGGUAUAUCAGGCUUUUCUGUUUGGUUAAAAAGCAGGGGAGCAAAAUCGCCUCAUUAGAGGGUUCACCGACGGCACAAUUCCAAAAAGCAAGCAUAAGAUUCGAAAAUGAAGCGGUGAAAACGUCGGCUAUUCUGGUGGGCUUGUCACUGCUAUGUUUCUUUCCUGACAUAAUAUUCGACUUUAUGGGACACGUUGAUGAAAUCAGAAUGGCAUGGGAGUUUACAGUUUUGUUUCUAAAUUCGUCCUUAAAUCCCUGCCUUUUCAUCUGGCGGAGCCAUCAAUUUAGAGAGGUCCUUGCACAGAACUUUCGACAUGUCUGGCGUGGGAGGAAUUAA